AUGAACAACAACAAUAACAACAACAAUAACAACAUUACAGAGAUACCUAAAUCACAUUCUUCUGGAAAGAGGAAAUUCCUUCAAGACAUACCAUCUAGUGCAGGCGAGCAUGACUUGGAGAAACAGAUAUAUAAAGAGUUGGAUGACUUGGUGUUGAGUGGAGAGAAACAGGCAUUUCACUCGGUGGUGUCGUUGUCUUCUCCUUCAUUGCCACAGUGGGGAGGCGACAUCUCCACGACAAUGGGAUUCUCAAAUUAUAGUAGCAGUGGUAGCAUGGGUGGCGUCGUAACGAUAUUGACCGACGAGAAUGGCGACCCGGCAUCGGCCGACCAGAUGCCCUCCUCACACAUGUCCACCAGAUACGGCGCGCGACGUCCACGCAGCAACACUGGCAGCAGCAUUGGUGGAUCGGCCGGCCUCAAGAACGGUCUCGGCCACGGCCCUGCGAGAUCAGGCGGCAACUCAUCUUCGUCCACAUUCCUUCAGUUGCCAUCGAUUGGAACGAUCCCGGGAGCAAAUGGUCCACAACCACAGGGUCGCCAUCUGACACCCAACUCGCUGCUGGGCGUCAUGCAAAAGAGCGCAUCCAAUUGGAUCAUUGACGAUGUAGAUGGAGGCAUCAGCACACAUAGCAGUUUGGGCUCGGCAAAGAGCGACAACAGCAUGAGGAUCGAUAACCUCGUCAACUCUGAGCCAUUCUUCCCGCUGACACCUCGCGGUGGCGGCUCCGACUUUACGCUCUCGCCACACUCGUCACAUUCAUUACUACCCGGCAAUGGAAACUCUCGCGGCGGCAGCAGGAACAACAGCAACACAAACAGCAUCGUCAGCACAAUGCAGCUGCUCGAGGCGGCCAAUGGCGCGCUCGACAGCCUGCUGCCCGUCUCACAUUAUAGCGGUGGCCUUAGCACGGCCAAGUUCUUGGACGACGCCCAUGUCAGCCUUGGCAUUGGCGGCAGCAACAGCAUGGGAGGUGGCAGCAAGAGCCGGCCGACCUACAUUCACAAUGGAUGGAUGUGGGUGAAAGACAAGCAUUCGAUACUGGUCCUCGGACCAAACGGCAUUGGAAAGAGCUUCUUGCUGAACACACUGCUCCAAUUCACCUUUGUCACCUCUGGCACCAAUCCGCAACCCAUCAUCGGCAGCCACAGACGCGCGGCACCCGCGCCACCCUCGCUGUCCGAUUCGGCGCCCAUGGAGACGCUCGAGAACACCAGCCCAUACCUUCUGAGCAAGCUGAAGAACCAUCACCAGCCCAGCCAGAUCGACCAGACAUACACGCUCGACGAGAAGUUCAACCUGUCCGUCGACUGGGUCAAGGAGCGCGAGCUCGAGCUGGACACAAUCAACAAGACCACACAGUACCUGCUGAACAUGCAGCCAGCUACACAACCAUCCAUCAACAACAACCACCCCUUCCUGCUGCCUCAGGGCCGUGUCGGCGCUGCACAGAUGUUCCGAAUCAGCUACGCCGCUACCUGCGAGAUGCUUGUCGACUUCAUCUCCGAGACCGAGCUGCGCGGCAUCCUCUGGGAACUGCACCAGUUUGACAGCGAUCGUUCGACGCCCAUCCAUGCACGUCGUCUCGAGUACCUGCAGCUGAUGUACACAAAGUGCGUUGCGCUGCAGCCAGGCACCACCACACACAAGCAAUUGGCCGACGUCAAGACAUCGUGGGACCUUCCGAUCGCCGCCAACAUCCGUCCGUUGCUCGGCAAGACAAUUCAGUUCAAGGGCAUUGGUAACGAUCACAACAUCGACAGGAUCUUCAUCCGCGAGAAGCUGAGAGAGGUGCUUGCCGACUACUCCUUUGUCACAUCCAGCUUCUUCCUGAAGCUGCCAUGCAGUAUCCUGCGUGGCAGACGCGAGAUCACAAUUCUCUCGGACGACACGCGUCGUGGAAACAUCUCCAAGUCGCGCAUCACGCAAGCUAUCAAUGAAGCCGAUCAGAUCGCGUUGUCUUUCGACUUCCGCGGCCUCUCUGCCGACUUGGCCGACAUCAUCAUUGGUUCCAACUUCAUGCAGAAGCUGGGCAUGGAUGGAGUGGUGCAGUUUGCAGAGCUGGGCGAGCGACAACAGAACAAGUACGACUAUCCCAAGGGUAUCUACAACUCCAAGGGCAUGAUCAUCUCGCAACUCAAGAAGCUAUAUCGCAAUGCUCGCUCCCCUCACAACCUCGAACAUAUACUCAACACAUUCAAACUGAUUCAACUGAUGCCGCUAUUGUUCUCUUCAGCAGACUUGAACAAAGCAUUGCCAUCAGAGUAUGACAUAUUAUUCAACUCGAUGCAUCACCUCAAGGCCAUCUCCAACAUUCCUUUGUUCAUCAAGAUCAUCAAUCAAGCAUCUUAUGACAGUUGGUCUCGUCAACUGCGCGCACUUGACGAGUUCAAGGACAGCUUUGCCAGGACCACAUCGAUAGUUCAUCUCAAGAGCACUCAGCCACAGGCAAUACCGAUCAUCCACCUGGAGAAUAGUGCCUCCAAUGUACAUAACAACUCAAAUCAGAUGGUCGACUCGCCGCCAGAGCAGCCGCCCCAGUCUCCCGCCACCGUGAUGAUGGAGGAGAACCUCUCUAGUUCGUUCACAGAGCAGCUGCACGUUACUCGUCCACAGCAUCAGCAGCAGCAACAGCAGCAUCCACCCGGCCCAGGCACCGGUGGAAUCCGCGGCAACAACUGGCGUAGCCAGUAUCUUCAGUACAAGCAGGUGGGCCCCAGCCCCGGCCCCUCCAGCGUCGAGGGAAUCACCUCCUCGCUGCGCACUCGUGUCGCCCAGUGGAAGCGCAAGCUGUUGGCCUACAUCAGCUCAGAGGCCUCAGAGUCGGUCUUUUUGAACCGCGUGGCCGAGUGCGAGUCCAUCUCGAUGAAUGAGUGGGAACGAUUCCGCAUCUCAUCGCCUGACUAUGUGGGCACCGUUACCGAGAUCUGCUCGAACCUCUACGCGCUGACCUCUUCGCGUCUGGUCAACACAAAUGGCAACGGCAGUCCGAUCGACUUUUACAGCACCACCUCAAGCAACCCAGUAGUGCUGCUAUGCAAGCAGCUCAUCAUGUGGACGCCCAACUUCUGGCGCGAGAAUCUGAUUGACCGCCUGCCGCCUCUGCAGGACGAGAUCAUAGUGUUCUCCCAGAGCAUCCUGGGCGACGUCAGCAAGCUGCUUCUCAACAAGGUGGCCAUGACGGCCGAGGAGAAGGCUAUGCACGUCAAACUGGUCAAGUACUGCCAGGCAUCGUCCGACCGCAACAUCCACACCAAGAUCCAGCACAUCCAGAACUACUUUGUCGGCCAGAACAUGACCCAGUUGAUCUACACCAUCUGCCUUGACGCUCUGUGCUCCGAGCUGAUGCUCAAGGUCAACGACCCCAAGCUGCUGUUUAGCUACCACGACCUGAUCCAGAAGUGCUUCCACAGCACGCCACUCAUGUCGGCGGCGCGCAUCCAGCAACGCCUGCUCGAGAUGCUCGGCACGGCUCUGUCCUACAUCGACUCGAUCGAGAAGCAUCUCGAGCACACAAUGCAGUACCUGCUCAACUCACCAUUCCGCCUGCGUCGCCAGAAGCAGGCCAAGGCCAAGCCCGAGUUUGUGCUCAACAUCAUCGACAACUACAUCAACAUCGUCGAUCCCUUCGAAAGCAAGGAUCCACGCGUGGCCCAUGCCAGCAAGCACAAGUUGUCAGCCCCUCCAUUGGUCAUCACACAUGCCAACAGCAACAGUACGACACAAUUGCCAAUCAUCAUGGUGGCUGAUGCACAUCAACAACAUCAACAGCAGCAAGACGAUGAUCAAAUGAUGGAGGUGAUUACUGAUGACAUCGAUGCCAGCGCAAAGAAGAAGAACAGAACAGAUAGUGGCAAUGGACACACCUCACCAGAGAUGCAGCAGCAUGGCUCGACAUCGUAUCUCUACUCGCCCAAGACCAAGCUGGCGCCACAGACGCCCGCACCCUUGCUCCAGCUAUGCAUCGCCAAGGUGUGUCAACAGAUACACACCCUUCGCGGCAUCACCCUGCCCGACGAACUGCUACAAAAGGUGAUUACAAUGCUAAUCAAUCAGGAGCGCGUCAAGGGUAGCAGCGGUCCAAUCACAACUCCACUGGACGACACAAUGUUGUCUCGCUUGCUAGUGCCAACGAUCCUGGCACUCGAUUUGGAGGGCGCGCAUCUGCUCACGGCCAACAGCACACGAACAAUUGGAAGUGUCUGCACUCAGCUCCAGAAGCUCUCGCUGGCCAACUGCACCAACAUCUCGUCAGAAUCACUUACGGCCAUUGGUAACGGCUGCAAGAACCUCGAAGUGAUCAAUCUCAAGGGUUGCUUCCAGGUGUGCAACGCCGGCGUGCUUGCCCUAGCACGUGGCUGCCACGCGCUGCGAUCCAUCAACCUAUCCGGCUGCAUCAAGGUGACUGACGCAGCAAUUCACGAACUGCACCAAUACAGUCGCCGCCUGCAGACUCUGGAGCUUCGCCGCUGUGUCCAAGUUACGGAUGCAGCGUUCCAGGCGUUCAACCUGACCACACUGCAGUCGAUCGACCUGCUCGAGUGCAGCUACAUCACCGACCACGCCAUUGUAAAUAUAUGUAACAACAGUCGUCAGCUGACCAGCAUCAAGAUCAGCGGCAAGGGCAUCACAGACGUGGCGCUCAAAUGCAUCGGAGCACGCUGCAAGUCGCUCGCCGUCCUCGAGACAAUCAUGUGCGAGCAAAUCACUGACGAGGGCGUUCAGGCCAUCGUGCGCAACUGUCUGGAUAUCAGCACGCUCAACCUGUGCUCGUCCAAGAAUAUCACGACGGCCGCAUUCCAAAUCGACGACGAGCUGAUCCUGCCGGCCGACGACAAUGUCGACUCGAUGGACACACUGAUCGCCGCCGCCACUUCCACAGCCAACCAGCAAUGUCUGCAGAGACUUGUGCAUCUUGACCUGAACCGAUGCAUCAAUACCAAUGACAGCUCGGUGCUGGCCAUCACUAUCCAGGCCACGCACCUCGAGACCAUCAGUUUGGCAUACUGCGAGGACAUCACCGACGAGUCGAUCGUAGCGAUCGCACAGCGCUGUCCCAACCUGAAGAACAUCGACCUGACCAAGUGCAAGAACGUCACCGAUGCGUCGGUCAUGGAGCUGGCACGCACCAAGCCUCAGCUCAACCGUCUGGUUCUGUUUGCCUGCACUCUGAUCACGGACAAUGCCAUUAUCGAGGUGGCCACGAUGUGUCCGUCGCUCAUCCAUCUGGACAUCAGCAUGUGUGAGAAGAUCACUGACGCCAGUUUGAUUCGCAUUGCCCACGGCCUGCCAAUGCUGCGUGUCAUCUGUCUCGAGGAGUGCGUCAUCACAGACACUGGAGUGUCUGCACUCGGCUCCAUCUCGGACGGCUUUGGCUGUGCACAACUCGAGUCCAUCAAGCUUGGAUACUGCCGCUUCAUCUCUGACUCUGCACUGUUACGUAUUGCUGUUGGAUGUCCAAUGCUGUCAAGUGUGGACCUGUCCUAUUGUAGCAACCUUAUCACUCCACAAGGCAUCCGCCACGCGAUCAAGAUGUGGCCCAAGCUGCACACUCUCAAGCUGCGCGGCUACAACUCACUCACAAGCGAUACAAUCAUUGAUGGCACGCCACUACGACUCAAGUCUGCCAACCUUUCAUGGUGUUUGCACUUGGAGGAUAGCGCAUUGAUCAACUUUGCCAAGAGCUGCCCGUCGCUGGAGAACCUGGACAUCUCGCGCUGUCCCAAGAUCACUGACGCCGCAUUGGAGAGCGUGAUCGACUCGUGCUCUUCGAUCCGCUUUGUCAAUGUCAGCGGCUGCAAAGACAUAUCGAGCUUCAUCGUGCAGAAGCUAACCUCACAUGGUGUUUCCAUUUACCGAUAG